UCGAUGAGUUAAUCUUUAAUACUCAUACAAAUGAAAAUGAUACAUUAAAUUUAGAAGAAGACCAAUGGACUAAAGGUAGUCACAUAAAUGAUUAUUUUAAAAUCUCAAGGAGGGAAAAAAAUAAACAGAUAGAGGAUAGCUUCUUUGAAAAUAACAAGGAAACCAAUAGACUAUUGCCUGAUUUGCAAUCUAUUAGCACACAUGAUCAAUUUUUAAUUAAUAAUAAGAACCAGCCUGAUCAUGAAUACAUUAAUGACAAUCAACAAGCUGAAAAUAGCAGAGAAGCUAUGACAAGAAAUGAAUUUACUAAACUUAUUAAAAAAAUUAAAGAGAAAGAGAUAACAUUGGUUAUCUGA